AUGCCCGCGACCCCCGGACCAAUGGACAAGCAGAACGACAUCUGCAUUGUGAGCAAGAAUGGCAUCGAGCAGCACGCUUACAUCGUCGAGCGCCGGGGAGAAGAGGUGUAUGUCCAUUAUGUAAAUUCCGACAAGAGACUUGAUGAGUGGAUAUCGCAAGACGCCGUACGGCCCUCUGGAUCCCACGAGGCAGGCAUGGCCAGCAAUGGAUCUACUCGCAAGAGGAAGAGGAGCUCCGUAGAUGGGGAGACCUCUGCGGGCGUAGCCUCGCCCAUCCACUUAGGUGCUCUCGCAGGGGCCCUGGGCCCUGGGACAAGCAAUCCUCAGCCCAUCACGGAGGAAGAAUACGACAUUCAACACCACAAGCAGAUCACCGCAAAAAGAAAUUUUGACAAGGUCGUUUUUGGGCGAUGGGAGAUCAAGACCUGGUAUUUCUCGCCCUACCCUCUCACCGAGACCGAGACAGAAGACCAGCUGGCCACACCCAGCUCACACGGACCCUCGUCGUCCUCUCGUAUCCAAGGCGUCAGCCGCUCCAGUUUUCGCUCGCAUGGUCGGACCUCGGACUUGCUUGCUGGCGGACUCGGGCGGAACAACGGCACAGGGGAGAAGGCGAUGCUGUGGGUGUGCGACAAGUGCUUCAAGUAUAUGGCGGAAGGCCUCUCCUGGGAGCUGCAUGUCAAGAAGUGUAUCCGCAGACAUCCGCCCGGUCGCAAGGUGUAUCAACGAGGCGCACAUAUAAUAUGGGAAGUGGAUGGCGCGAAGGAGAAGCUCUAUUGCCAAAACCUCUCCUUGUUUGGAAAGCUCUUCAUCGAUAUCAAGACGUUGUUUUUUGACUGUGACAACUUUUUGUUCUACAUCUUGACAGAUGCCGACUCGCAGCGAGAUCAUGUCCUGGGAUUCUUCUCGAAGGAGAAAAUAUCCUACGAUGACUACAACCUAGCCUGCAUUGUUGUCCUUCCUCCUUAUCAGAAGAAAGGUUAUGGAAUGCUUAUGAUCGAGUUCAGCUACGAGCUCUCGCGCCGCACUGGCAAAAUCGGCACGCCCGAACGUCCACUGUCUGAUCUCGGACUGCGGAGUUAUCUCACGUACUGGGUAUCGACGCUAGUGAGAUUUUUUCGGCGAUUGUUGGCUGUGCUGCCCCCCGAUACAUCCAGAAUGAUUACCGUGGGCGGUGUGCCGCAACUUGCGGAGGCGCAUCUGAUGUCUCCACCCUCGGAACCCGAGGACACUGUAGAGGCAAGGUUGAAACGGCGCAAGAGCACAAAGGGCUGGGACGGCGAGGAGCUGUCCAGCCGCCGUCCUGCAGAGCCCUACGAUGACGCCGAGCCGAUGUUUACCAAUUUGCGAACAGUAGAAACGACGCCAAAUCCGGACGGCAGUGCUACGGCACAUGUCGUGGUGCAAUGCACGCUUACGGACAUCGCGCGCGCCACAAACUUGCGCGUCGACGACGCGGCGUUUGCGUUGAAUGAAUGCGGCUUACUUAUAAGAAGACGGAAAGAGGACGAUUCAGUCGAGGAAGUCGUCGUGGUGUCGAGAGAAAUGGUCGAGACAGUGGCGAAGAAGCGGAAUGUCAAGAAGAUGUGCGAUGAAGGCCGCCAUUUACUUGUCGUAUUCUUGUUCCUUGUCGAAAUUAAUUUCCAUGAUCACAAGGUGUCAGGCCAUCGUUGA